CUAUGACCUUAUAAAUAAAAUGGCAACACUUCAAUCAGGAAACAUUGGUUAAAAUGCAAAUAAACAGUAAUAUUCUUGAUUGAUUGUGUUGAAAAUAACAGAAAUGGAUGAACUUAAUGACGAAGAAAACCUGUACCAGCUAUGGAUGCUUUACACAACCAAGAAUGACAUCCAGUUCUUCAAGAAAUACCUGAAGCAAUUCCUAGAGGUCUACAAAGACUUGAUUGACAAGGAGGGGACUCAUUUGAACCAAGGGUACACUGCAGAGGGUCCACAUAUAACACGACUACCAGAUGGCUUGCUGCAAGUCAUAACCAAGCAAUUGGUUGGCUGUGGGGAACAAUGUGUCCAGUUCUUUAUUCCUGAAGCUCUGGAAUAUGCAAAGGACCUUACUAAGUGUCUGAUAGUUAUCUGCAGAAAUCUUGAUAAUGUUGCCUUGGUAGCGUCUUGUGCAUAUGUCAGCCAUAUUGUUACUAUAGCAACAGUUGUCAUGACUAAGCUGUAUACCCAAGAGAACUCUGAAGAAGUGACAGAUUUGACAUGCUUCAUUGAAUAUUCCCUGCAUUUCUUGGAAUGCAUGUAUGACCCAUACUUUGUGUGGAGAAAAAGCUUAAGAGGUUGGAAAGUUGAUAAGUGUCGCUUCAAGUACAAGCCUGCUCUAUUGCAUGUUGAGGUUGUGCCAUUUUUCUAUGAGUGUUUCCAGUAUACUAACCUUGACCUUGAACUUCAGCUUAGACUGUUCCAUCUAUUUGGUGCCAUAAUCAAUGGAUCUCAUACCAAUGGGCUCCGUGCAAUUUGCCCCGCCACUCUUGAUGUUCUCCUUAAGGUGCUCAUAUACAAUGACCCCAACAGACCAAGUAAUGAACAGAGGCAGACAUACAGUGACCUGAAGCAGUUGGUCCUGAGGAGUCUUGUACAGAUGGUGCAUGUUUUACACAUGGCUAGUCCAGACCAGAGGCAGGUUGAGGUUGGGGCAGUGUUAGAGGGCUACUUCCAAGCCUUAGUAAAGAUACAGUCGGGAGAAGAUGGGGAGAAUAAUAUACAACUACAGCUGAAAAUUAUAAGGGGAAUUGAUGAAAUGCUAGGCUGCAAUGACAAAACUGCACUUCAGGUGAUCUUUGUGGCUUCAGGGGCAUUUGAUAUAUUUGUAGACUGCCUUCACAAAACAAUGCUUGCUGGUGGUGAGGCACAAGACCUGGCUAUUUCUAUCAUACGUGUCAUGGGGUCUGCUAUGCAAGGCUCAGAUACUGCCAAGGAACAAUUCAAGGAGAAAAUUGGGUACAGUAAAUUCACUGAUGCACUUAAAAGUCUCGGACAGCCAUCUCAAGAUCUCCUGAAAUCCCUCUUGGAUUUAAUCACUGAAGAAACUUUUGACACUUCGUCCAUUGCAACUGUUCAUAAUGCUCAAGCAGCCCUGAUGCUCAUCCAAUGGCUCCCAGAUAUCCAGUCACAUGAUCUCCAAAUAUGGUUAACCGAGUGUUUGAAAGUUGUGUGCUCGUCAGGGAAUCAUAAUCGAAUGUAUUGCUGUAAUGAAGGUAUGGUGACGGCCAUUUUGAAGAUUUUGAAGAGAGAGGCACAGAUCAACACUCAAGCUGUAGGUAACCUUAUCAGCCUGCUAGAGAGCUUGGGGAGCCUCUCAAUAUCUGCUUCAGAGCUAAAGCUGCUUCUAGGCCUACUGAAGAUCAACGAAGAGGGAAAACAGAUGCCAUAUUGCGGCAGAUUGAUGAGGGCAAUGAGCACUAUGGCCAGAAGGACAGGGAAAGAUGGGGCACUUCAUUAUUUUGAUUUUGUACAAACAAGCAGUGGUAUAGCUGUCCCAGGGAUCAGAAAGUGGCCUGGAGGAGGUUUCACCUUCCAUAGUUGGAUCUGCUUGGAGAAAAACAUAGAGAACCCAACAUCAGCCCUAGUCCGCAGGCAGCUUUACAGCUUUAGUAGUAGUAAUGGUGGGGGUCUUGAGGGAUUCUUUACAAUAGAUGGCGUAUUGGUGAUAGCAGUCACAAUAAAGAAAGAAUACAAUGCUGUAAUGUUAUCGGAUGUCAACCUAGCAGACGAACAGUGGCAUUGUGUUGACAUAGUCCAUGCAGGGUCCAGAAGACCAUUUGGACAGAGUCAGUUGUCCGUGUUCAUAGAUGGGAAGAUGAAACUCACCACUCCAUUUAAGAUGCCUUCACUCACAGAGCCAUUUGCAUCAUGUCGUAUUGGAUCACCUGGUCUUCAACCCUGGACCAAAGAGGACUUCACAAAUACUCCAGAAUCUAAAUCCAGAUUAUCAAAUGUCAAAUUCUCCCUGCCUGUAUUGAGUAAAUCAUCUGCGGGGCUUACACCUUUGACAACAGCAGCUGGGACCCAAGAUGAAGUGUGGGGUUUACCUGUUUCACUUCAUGGGCAGCUUGGGUCUGUUUGUGUGUUUCAUGAAGCAGUCACUCCUGCUCAAUCAAAGGGAUUGUACAUAAAAGGUGCCAACAGCCUAAACCUAUUCCAAUCGGAAGACAGCGCCAUUCUAGAAUUACCUGCAAAGUUGUUAUUACACUACAAUGCAAAGGCUUGCAAGGAGAACUUUGUAGUGGAUCUAUCCCAUAAUGACAACCAUGGGAGGCUGAAAGGCCGCCACUGUGUGACAAGGGACAUUAAGGAUGUGAUCAACUGUGUAGGGGGUUUGCAAGUGCUUUUCCCGCUGGUGGAACAAGUGAACAGCCUCCCUGCAUGCCAGUUAUCUAAAGAGUUGAUUCCAGUGCGUCCCAUAUCUCCGCCACAUUCUGAGGAUGCCAUUGGUGAUUGGGUAGUUGUACCCAGCAGCUCAUAUGCAGAUUCCAAGUUGGAGCAGAACCAAGUGUCUGGGAUAUUAACACUCUUAAGACACAUGCUACAAAGCAGUCCAGUCAACCAGGACAACAUGGUACGCACAAAUGCAAUGGCAACCAUUGGAGCUCUUUUACAGAAGGUUGACAGUGUACAUAUUGAUGUGAAUGUAUUGAUGGCUGUCCAGUUAAUAGUAGAGUCCAUAGCAGUGUCAAACAGGGCCUUGCUACACCAUAUAUACCAGUAUCUACUCUUCGACUUCAGGAUCUGGAGCCACAGUGAAUUUCCAGUCAGAAUAGGUCACAUUCAGUACCUCUCUACCAUUAUCAAAGAUGAUAAAAAGUUCUUCCGUAAAAAGUUUGGUGUGCAGUAUAUGCUAGAUGUGAUACGAACAUAUUACAGUUCGAUUGAGGAAAGUGAUCUCUCACAAGAAGAUGCUAAGGCAAUUAGAGUGUCUCUACUUGGCCUUGUGAAGUACUACAUAUUCAAAGAGAUCACAUUUGAAGAACUCAGUCAGAUCAUUGCCUUCCUAACUGCAGUGAAACAGGAGAAUCUGUUAAUAGAAAUAGUAGAUCUACUUAUUACGCUACUGGAGGCGCCCUCUACCAAGGACCAGCUGUUCCUCUUGAUGUUUGAGCCAGAGAUGGUAGAGCUGCUGUAUGCACUUGUGGUACAUAAACAAUACUCAAUGGAACUGAAGGAAAAAUCUCUUAAGGUGUUUACACUGCUGUUUACCUCUAAUAAGGUCUAUGAGAAGAACAAGGGAAGGGCAAGACUCUCAGAUGUUGGCUACUCUGGUUUUUACAGCCUUAUGGUACAUCAAAACAUCACACUGGAGGUGGCACAGGCUUUAAUGGACCACAUAACCCACACAGAUCUCCCAGGCAGUACCAGCUAUAAUGCUCUGUUAUCUCUUUUACAACUCUUGCAAGGAGCAAAUCUUGACAUUAAGCUUGAAGCUGCCAGAAAGAUUCUUGCACUUAUGUUUGCCAAGCCUGAGGGACCAGUCCAGUUAGCCAAACAACUAAGCUGGCAAGAGGCAAUAACCCGACUCUUUAUCAUGCAGCCUAAGACCAUGAACGCCUCUGAAGAUGACUCGUCUAGUAUCAAUCCAGCUAUGACAGUGACACCGUGUAAUACACCCGAGAGGGACUUAUCAAGCUCAAAACUGUCAUCAGAUUCUAGUUUUAGUGUGACAAUGGAUGGGAAAGGUGAUCGAUUGGUUGAGAAUAUUAAACGUCAGUUUUCUCUCGAAUUGAAUCAGUUUCCAAAUGUGGUCACUCCUGCUGCAACUCCAAUGGGUGAGACACCAAUGUAUUUUAAAACACGGUUUUUCGAUGACCUUGAUCUUAUGGAUGGGUCAAAUUCAGACAGUUCAAGUUUACGGAAGUCCCAGUCCAGGAGCUCCAGUGCAAGUUUGGAAGAUUUGUCCCAGAUUGGGGAAAGAGAGAGGCAGUCCCGUGGGUCUCUCACCCCAUCAACUACUACCCCUAUUUUGAUUGAUGAGGCCUUUACAGCUGCUAUAGAGGACAAUGGUGCUAACAAAUUAGAAAGUGCAAUAAGUGAACCUGUGGAGAAUGAGCCUAGGACUCCACCACCUGAACAAUUACAAAGUGCAAUAAAAUCAUUAGGUAUAAGCCUUAGUAUCAACGAUGAAACGAAUGAAAAAACUGAGGAACUUUGUCAAACUUUAAUGAUAAUCCUUAUUACAAUUAUGUGGAAAGGGGUAUCUGGUUCUGACAAGUCUGCGUGGCUACAACGCUGCCAGGUGUUCUCUGUUCUGCAGUCAAUAAGUCAUCACCACGAUUUGCUACUCCCGGAGAAUGAAGUGAAACGUCGUUUACUGGAACUACUUCUUCAGGCAUGUAUCGCAGAUAUUCAUGGGAGUGAUACUGCUAUUGCUACGCAUACUGAGAACGCAAUGGAACUCAUUAAAGUUGUCUAUGAUUUCUUAGUGGAUUCUGAUGAUCCCCUGCGCUACAGUGAAAUGCUUAUAGAUGAGGUGUGCCAACUUCUAGACAUUCUAGCUGUUUGGAAUGUGGAGUCAGAAUGGAUGGAAAUGGCUCAUCUGGGAUGUAGUAUUCUCCUUGCGUUUACUUCUCAGCGGGACCUCAAUUUAUGUGCGGUGGCAGCUGCGAAAUUGCAUACCAUUCUACAUACAAGGCCAGUAGAUAAGCUACAAGAGGCAUGUUUCUACAUGGGCACCCUAGACCAUAUUUUGACCCAAGCUCAAAAAGAGGGACUUGAUAACUAUCAGUUUGUGAUCCCUGUCAUGAAAGCACUUAUAGAAAAGAGCUAUGAAGUAUUAAAUAUGUCCCUCCAUCUCCCCAGCUUGCCACCAACAACGAUGAGUCCAACAUUCUUCGAUGAUUUCAAAUCCUACUCAAAAUCAGAAGAAUGGAGAACCUUUAUAUCAAAACAGAUCAAACCGUCCAUGGAGCAGUUUAUCUCAGUGAACUUUGACGAGACUAGGACCGCAGUGAAGAUGUUCUGGAGUGAAUGUCACGAAGAAAUGAUGGUCUCAGGGCACAAGAGAAGCAGGGAGAAGGGGGAGAGCAAACUCAAAUUUCAAAGUCGUAUCGUGGAACCAUUCCGCACAAAGGGGAAGAUGGAGGAAAAACGUUACGUGAACAUUACUACGCAGCUCCAUAACCAGCAUGCAUCUUGUUUGCGGAACUGGAGGGCUGCCAAGCAGUUCUUUACUGGUGAAAGAGGAGCUUGGUGUGAGAGUGGUGUUGAAAUAAACCAUUGGAAACUGUCACCACAGGAGAAUUUCCAGAGAAUGCGGCCCAAGUUGAUACCCAACUAUACAUUUGAUAAUCACUCUGAAGCCAGUAACCUAAGAGACAAUAUAACUGAUGAAGCAGUGUCCGAGUCUGACUUCCAACCCCCCAUCACCGUAUCAAAGGAAGCAAAGGUCUCUGAUGAAGAAAUUGGAGAUGAUAGGCUAGGAGAUGAGGAAUGGAAUGUCAUUAGUGCAGCAACUGUGAAAAAUGAAGACCUUGUGGGCAAGGAAAAGUUGGUACUCUCUGAAGAUUGUGAACUUGUCACAAUCAUGAAUGUCAUCAAAGGUCGCCUAGAGGUUACCACGACCCAUGUCUAUUUCUUUGACUGCAGUCUACAUAAGGAGGAGAGAGAAGGAGGGGAAGAUUUUAAAUGGAGCCUGUCUCAGUUAAGAGAGAUUCAUUUUAGACGCUAUAACUUACGUCGUAGUGCACUGGAAAUGUUCUUAAUAGACCAAACCAACUAUUUCCUCAACUUUCAGAAAAAGGUGCGUAACAAAGUGUACAGUCGUAUCCUGAGUCUGCGGCCACAGAAUCUUAUCUAUUAUGGCUCCAGAUCCCCUGUGGAGCUUCUCAAAGCAUCCGGCCUGACCCAGAAAUGGGUCAAUAGAGAGAUUAGCAACUUUGAGUACCUGAUACAGCUGAAUACCAUCUCUGGGCGCACUUACAAUGACCUGAGCCAGUACCCUGUGUUUCCUUGGAUCUUAGCUGACUAUACCUCUGAGACAUUGGACAUUGAAGACCCUAAAGUCUACAGAGAUCUAGCCAAGCCCAUUGGUGUUGUUAACCCUAAAAAUGAAGAGGAGGUCAGAGAAAAGUUUAAUAACUUUGAGGAUCUGACUGGCACCAUUGAGAAGUUUCACUAUGGUACCCAUUACUCCAAUGCUGCUGGUGUCAUGCAUUUCUUGCUGAGACUUGAACCUUUUACUACUUUGCAUAUCCAGUUACAGAGUGGGAGAUUUGACGUAGCUGAUCGCCAGUUUCACUCCAUUCCCGCAACGUGGAAGUCCUUGAUGGAGAACCCCAAUGAUGUAAAGGAACUCAUUCCGGAGUUCUUCUACACACAUGAAUUCUUGGAGAAUCACAACCACUUUGAUCUUGGACAACUGCAGAUCAGUAAAACUAAAGUGAAUGAUGUGAUACUUCCUACUUGGGCCACAUCUCCCGAAGACUUUAUACAUAAACAUCGACAAGCACUGGAAUCUGAACAUGUGUCUUCUCACCUACAUGAGUGGAUAGACCUGAUAUUUGGUUACAAACAGAAAGGACCUGCUGCAGCAGAGGCACUUAAUGUAUUCUACUAUUGUACAUAUGAAGGUGCAGUUGAUCUGGAUGCGAUAUCUAAUCCUAUUGAAAGGAAGGCUUUAGAGGGCAUGAUCAAUAACUUUGGACAGACACCCUGUCAGCUUCUGAAGGAGCCUCAUCCUAAACGACUGCUCUUUGAGGACACUGUCAACAAGGCAAACAAAAAUGACAAACCCCUCAGUGUUUUCCACUUCCAUCAAAACCUUAAAGCCUUCUUUGUAGAGGUGAGUUCAGAGACUGACCCCAUUAAGUAUGUGACCAUACCACGAAGUCAAGCCAGGUCCUUCAUACAGCAUGGCAUGCCUGAUGCUAUGGUGAGCGUAUCAAAUGAGGGGGUCGUAGGAAUACAUGGCUGGUUACCAUAUGAUAAAUCAAUCUCAAAUUACUUCACUUUUGAGAGGGACCCUUCAAUGGUCACAAACAGGGCUAAAAGAAAACUGGCUGGACCAUUCGCACCAGGAAUGACAAUAACUUCAAAACUGUUUGUGGUGUCUCAUGAUGCGAAGGUGUUGUUCUGUGGGGGGCAUUGGGACAACAGCUUGAGGGUGUACUCCCUCGUGAAGAGUAAAACUGUCUGUCAUGCAGUAAGACAUACAGAUGUAAUCACUUGUUUGGCGCUUGAUUACUGUGGCAAUCAUCUGAUCACCGGUUCUAGAGAUACCACCUCUAUGAUCUGGCAGAUUACAAACCAGAAUAAUGUAACAACAGGAGUUGUUGAGAAGCCAAUACAGACACUGUACGGCCAUGAUGAUGAAGUCUCCUGCGUGGCGCUAUCUAUUGAGCUAGACCUGGCUGUUUCAGGAUCAAAGGAUGGAACCAUAAUGCUCCACACUGUGCGUAAAGGACACUACAUGAGGACAUUGAGACCCCAUUGUGAGCGUGGUCAUGUGAUGGAAAUAGAUCAUCUAGCAUUGUCUGAUGUCGGACAGAUAGCCAUAGUCUCUACACAGAGUAUGCCUGAUACACCUGUGAAAGAAAACAAACAAUUUGUCCAUGUGUAUUCUAUCAAUGGCAAGUAUUUAUGUAUGGAGACCCCAAGCCACCGUGUGGCCCAUAUGGUCAUUGCCGACAACCAUAUCAUCUUGGGCACAACACACGGUCUUCUUGCCAUCAAGGAACUUAUAGGGUUGAAUACCUUAGCCUCACUGCCACUUCAUGUACCAAUCACAUGUCUCGCUGUUGCCCCUAACAACAGUCACAUCCUUGCAGCAUUGAAUGAUGGGAAAUUAAUCAUCGUAGGCAUAAAGAAAGAUCCACAGCCAAAAUACCGAGUCUAAUGGAGUUUUAAGCAGUAAUACUUACUGUUACUGGAAACCUUACUCUAACAUUUGAUGGUAGCUUAAGGUGCAGAUACAAAAUUGGAAAAAAGAAAAUUGCAGUUGAUUGUUGUCAUUGUCAAAUCCUGUCUAUGGUUUCGAAGUUACAUUAUUAAAACUGUGAAUGGGGAUUUAUACCUCAGACUUUAUGCUAUAUAUGACUUGCUAUAGUAGUCAUAAACCAUAUAUUUAGCAAAUGCAAGGUGUACAUAGCCUUGCACAUUGUAUAUCCAUUAUUAGUCUGUGAUAGGCUCAGGGUCAUAUACCAUGGCCAUGAGAAAAUUGUAAUUGUCAUGUUUUGAAAUCCAAAAUAUACUUUGAAUUAGUUAAGAUAAGGUAAACUGGAAGGCAGUUCCACUUUAAGUGGAACAUACUGUUUAAAAUGUUAUAACUGACAAAGAUUGUUCAACUGCAGAGAGAAAUUAGAGAUAUUAUGUUGAACAUCGUGAAUAGCUAGGACAUUUUGGCCCAGGUACACUCUUUAUCAAUAACAAGAGAAAGAAAUCCAGAGUACAUGCAUGGAAUGAUGAUCAAAAAUGUGAAUUUUAAAGAGGCAACCAAGAAUAUAGAAAC